AUGGGAAGAUACAAGCGUGAUUACAACCCGUAUGACCGGGCGGCGUUCUCACAACUCUCCCGUCGGCUGCCGACCCACAGGACCCACCACCGGGCGCUCACCGGGUCACCAUUCUUCCCCGAUCCACUGUUCAAAGAACAAUGGUAUCUGAAUGGCGGUGCAAAGGACGGAUUGGACAUGAACGUGGCAACGGCUUGGCAGAAAGGAUACACCGGCAAAGGCGUUGUGGUAUCCAUCCUAGAUGACGGCAUACAGACCAACCAUCCAGAUCUGGCGCAGAAUUAUGACCCGCUGGCGUCGACCGACAUCAACGGGAAUGACGACGAUCCGAUGCCGCAGGACAACGGCGACAACAAGCACGGCACGAGGUGUGCUGGUGAAGUGGCGGCUGUUGCUUACAACCAGUACUGCGGUGUUGGUAUCGCGUACAACGCAAGCAUAGGAGGUGUUCGAAUGUUGGACGGCGUGGUGAAUGAUGCGGUGGAGGCUAGGGCCCUGGGGCUCAACCCGGACCACAUCGAUAUCUACAGCGCCUCGUGGGGACCCGAGGACGAUGGCAAGACGGUUGAUGGACCUGGGCCGUUAGCAAGGAGGGCUUUCAUCUACGGAGUCACGAGUGGUCGUCGCGGCAAAGGAUCGAUCUUUGUGUGGGCAUCAGGCAACGGAGGCAGGCACACGGAUUCUUGCAACUGCGACGGUUACACCAACAGCAUUUUCACUUUAUCAAUAUCUAGUGCCACACAAGGAGGAUACAAACCUUGGUACCUAGAAGAAUGCUCUUCUACACUGGCCACGACGUACAGUUCUGGCACUCCCGGCCACGAUAAAAGCGUUGCCACAGUCGACAUGGAUGGUAGACUAAGAGCAGAUCACAUUUGCACUGUAGAACAUACUGGAACUUCUGCCUCAGCUCCUUUAGCAGCUGGUAUCUGCGCUCUUGCGUUAGAAGCCAACCCCGAACUAACUUGGAGAGACAUGCAAUAUUUAGUGGUAUUGACAUCUCGUCCUGGACCACUGGAAAAGGAAGGCGGCUGGACCAUUAACGGAGUUAAGAGAAAAGUGAGCCACAAGUUCGGUUACGGUCUGAUGGAUGCCACUGAAAUGGUCAAUUUAGCUGAACAGUGGGUAUCUGUACCGCCCCAGCAUAUUUGUAAGUCGCAAGAAAUAAAUGAAGAUAAGACCAUCGAGUCGAAAUUUGGCUACACUCUUACCACGCACAUGGAUGUCAAUGGCUGCAGUGGUACUGUCAACGAAGUGCGCUAUCUUGAACACGUUCAGUGCAAGAUCUCAUUGAGAUUUUUCCCUCGUGGGAAUCUUCGUAUUCUUCUCACUUCUCCUAUGGGCACUAUAUCUACGCUACUAUUUGAAAGGCCACGUGAUGUUGUCAGCUACUUUGAUGACUGGCCAUUCCUAAGUGUCCAUUUCUGGGGAGAACACGCAGAAGGUAGAUGGAAAUUGGAAAUCGUAAACGCUGGAAACAGACACGUGAACCAACCAGGCAUACUCAAAAAAUGGCAACUCAUAUUCUACGGUACAUCAGUUGACCCGAUAAGAUUGCGAUCGAAAAGGCCGUCCCCUUUAGCGCCCUUUUCUUUUCCCACCGCAGUAGACGGUUAUGAUUCGAUCGGUGUCUUUUACAAUACUGACGCGUUCGCCAACUAUCAAAACUUUCCUAGUUUAUUCGCCGCCGGAUCUGAUCGAAAGGCGGUAGCCCGUCUCGACGGACAUAACGUCCCUUCACCGCAUGGGGAGAAUGUCCUCGCCGAUAGUAAUGACAGGCGCGUCAUACACGAAUGUGAUCCCGAAUGCGAUUCCCAAGGAUGCUAUGAAGGACCUACGCAGUGCAUUGCAUGUAAGCACUAUAGACUUGAUGAUGCCUGCGUUUCGAGAUGCCCACCGAGAAGUUAUGCCAAUCAAGGAGGAGUGUGUUGGCCAUGUCAUGAGUCUUGCGAGACUUGCGUGGGUCCGGGACAGGACUCCUGCUUGACUUGCGCGCCAGCACAUAUGCUAGUAGCUGAUUUAGCUGUAUGCUUGCAACAAUGCCCGGACGGUUACUGGGAAGACACUGAAUCGUCGACUUGCCGGCCGUGCGCCGCUCACUGCGCCACAUGCUCGGAGCGAGCUGAUGCGUGCACGUCCUGCGAGCAUCACCUGCUGUUACACGAGGGCAGUUGUCUGGCUUCCUGUCCCACUUCACACUACGAGACUGAAGACUACUCAUGUGCUAAGUGUCAUGAGUCGUGCGACACUUGUGAAGGGCCGAGGGACGACCAGUGCGUGACCUGUCACCCGUCAAAUUACGCACUUGAAGGGCGCUGCGUCGCCACCUGUCCCAGCGGACAUUACGCCGAUAAAAAACGAAAGGAAUGUAUGAGGUUAGUGUCAAACGCUGCGCGACCUACUUGCACGACAGCAUUCUGCCUCACUUGCCAGCCAAACUGGGAGCUGAACAAGAAAGACAAAUGUGUGCCAGUCGGCUCGGCCAGGUGCACGCCAGGCGAGUACAGCGACGGACAGACCUGCAGGAAAUGUCACAGUGAAUGCGAAUCGUGUUUCGGUGAUACGGAGAAUCAUUGCUUGACUUGCCAGGCGCCUAACUUGCUUCAGGACUACAGAUGUGAGUCGGAGUGCAGCCGCGGGUACUACGCGGAGGCGGGGCGCUGCGCGCGCUGCGUGCGCGGCUGCAGCGACUGCGUGUCGCGCCUCAACUGCACCGCCUGCGCCGGCGCGCUGCGGCUGCAGUCCGGCGCCUACAGGACCGCCUGUGCGGACGGGUACUAUGCGGAUCGCAGCACUUGUUCCAAGUGCUACCUCGCGUGUCGUACCUGCAUCGGUCCUCGGAGGGAUCAGUGCGCGUCCUGCCCUCCCGGGUGGAGGCUCGCCGCCGGGGAGUGCCAUCCCGAGUGUCCUCAAGGCUUCUACCAGAGUCCGGACGGAUGCCGCCAUUGCCACCACUACUGCCGCGAGUGUUCCGGCUCGGGCCCGCUCCAUUGCACGUCGUGUCCGCAGCGGUUCAUGCUAGACGGCGGGCUGUGUAUGGAGUGCCUCGGCUCGCAGUACUACGACGCGAGCAAUGGAACGUGUAGAUCGUGUGACGCGUCGUGUAAGACGUGCUCCGGCGGAGAAUUUAGUUGUACAGGGUGCUCGCGGCCUUUGAGGUUGGACAGGUGA